UAUUAUAUAACAAUUUUUUCAUGAACUUGAAAUUAUUCCGGAAGCUUUGGAUCCGGCGAUUUGAAUUGUUAUUAUCGGAAGAGAAUUCGAUUAUUUCGUAUUUUUUAGAAAUUUGAUCUGAUGCAAUUUUGUGUUCAGAUGAUUCGUUGAUUCGAAUUAAUUUCAUUUGAAUCGUUUGGUUUUGAUGUGGAAGACUGAAUUUGUUUUUUUUUUUUUUUUUGAUUUUUAAAUCAGCGGCGUUGUGUUUAUGCGACAUGAGCAGCGAGGGUACGACCGGCGGCGGCGGCGGCGGCGGCGGGAGUAGCGGAGGAGAAUCGCACAGGUCAGUUCCGACGCCGUUUUUGACGAAAACAUAUCAGCUUGUGGAAGAUCCCAGCAUUGAUGAUUUGAUCUCGUGGAAUGAAGAUGGAACAACCUUCAUCGUAUGGCGGCCGGCGGAAUUUGCUCGAGAUUUGCUGCCUAAAUAUUUCAAGCAUAAUAAUUUCUCCAGUUUUGUUCGUCAACUCAACACCUAUGGAUUUCGGAAAGUAGUUCCAGAUAGGUGGGAAUUCGCGAACGACGGAUUCAAAAGGGGGGAAAAAUCGUUGCUCAGAGACAUCCAGCGUCGGAAAAUCUCCGCCGGCGCCGGCGCCGGCACGCCGCUGAACGCGGCCGUAAUUGCCAAUGCACAGUCGGUGACGGUCGCACUGGCGCCGGCCGCGGCCAUCCAAAUAUCGCCGGCGAAUUCCGGCGACGAGCAGGUUCUCUCGUCCAAUUCAUCGCCGGCGGCCAUCGCAGUAGUUACCGCCGCCGCUCCGCUGCGAGCGUGCUCGUCGACGACGACGGCGGAGAUAUUGGAAGAGAACGAGAGGUUGAGGAGAGAGAAUGCCCAGCUGAGUCAGGAACUGAGUCGGUUGAAGAGUUUGUGCGGCAACAUAUUCACCAUGAUGUCGAGCUACGCAACAAAUCAAGGUGAAAGGGCGUCGCCGGAGGGGAGAUCGGCUGAGUUGACGCCGGAAGCGGAGACCACGGCGGCGGAGGAGGACGGAUGCGCCGCCGUGAACGAGGAGGUUGAGGAGAUGUGCCCGAGGAUAUUCGGAGUCCCGAUCGGCGUGAAGCGGCUGAAGAAAAGCAGCGACGAUCAGAUCCAUCCACGUGGAUUUGAUUGCAAAUCAGAGCCGUCGGAUCCGGGGAGUAGUCAAGAAUUUGAUGACAAAAUGUGAACUGAAAAUGCAAACACGUGUUUGAGAAAGGUUGUAAUCUGUACUCAAUUAACGUACACCCACUAACUUUUUUAACAUGUUUUUUGUCAUAAAUCUAAUUGUUAAAUUAUAAAAGGUGCUAACGUGUUUUAAUUUUACUAGUAUCC